GCUAAAGACACUCCCUCUUGGACGUGGCACUGUAUUGCAUCUGAUAAGGUACACCGCGCAUAAUUUGCCUGCCUCUAGAGCGGCCAACUGCAGCAGUUUCCUGGAUUACGAGGCCUGACAUGCUAGAAGUGAAGCAUUGAGCUUUAUAUAAUUAUAAAAACGUUUAGCGGAUCGGUAAAGCUCAGUGUGCUGCUAGCUAGAACAUGGGCGACGCAGCUACAACAUACUCCUUGAAGUACCAAGCAAGAGUGCUGGUUGCUCUACCUUGCGACACCGUUACAUCUAAAUGGCUCGUAGGAACGACAGCAUUGCGCGAAGAAAAUGAGAUUCGUCUACUCCAGUAUGAUCAGGACAAUGAACAGCUGGUCUGCAAGCGGGCGUACGCCCAUCCAGCUGAAAUGUGGGACAUCGCCCCAUGCCCCACACGCGACGACCUACUCAUUACCGUAUGGGCCAAAGCCGGCAGCUCCAGUGCCACCCUCUGGCGGGCUCCCGCGGGCGAGGGCGAGUCCGGGCGGGCGGCUGCGGGCGGGCAGCUGCAGCAGCAGGCGGAGCUGCCGGGGCACAGCAGCGCCAUGAGAUGCGCCCUGUGGAGCUCCCUGCAGCCGGAGACGGUGGUGACGGUGGAGGAGGGCAGUCUGCGCAAGUGGGCCAUCACGGAGGCAGGCGCCGAGCCCGCCGCCAGCUGUCCCGCCGGCGAGAUGGUCCAGCUGUGGUCGGGGGCGCUGCACCCGCGGAACGCCUCGCUGCUGUGCACCGCGGGGAGCAACGACGUGCAGACUUGGGAUCUCCGCAGCUUGAGUCGGCCCAUGGGUGAGAUCAAGAUGGCGCACAAGAUGCCGGUCCGCUCCAUCAGCUUUGCGCCGCACAAUGACACGCGGAUACUCACCGCGGGGGAUGAUUGCAAGCUGAGGUUCUGGGACCUAAGGAACCCCGGUCAGCCGCUGCUAGAGCUCGGCGGCCACCGGCACUGGGUGUGGCGCGCCGCUUACAAUCCCGUGUACGACUCGCUGGUCGCCUCGUGCUCCUCGGACUGCUGCGUCAACCUGUACUACACACCCAACCUGACAGCGA